AUGUGGCCCAUGGAGGUCAGGGAGUCGGUGAGAGUCAGCAGUACGUUGUCUGCGUACGCUGAUACUUUGAAGGUUUUCUCUGCUACCCGUAUUCCUUGUAUGUGUGGGUGUUGGCGUAUAGCCUGCAGUAGUGGUUCUAAGGAGAUGGUGAAUAGCAGUGGCGACAAUGGGCAGCCCUGGCUUGUUCCUUUCUGGGAGUGGAAGGGGGUCUUUGUGGCCCUUGCAAUCGGGGUUUGGGCUCUCAGGUUUGUAUAUAGAGUGCGUAUGGCCUGAAUAUAAGCGGCUGGGAAUCCCCACUCUUCCAGGAGGCUAAACAUGUAUGGCCAUUGCACCCUGUCAAAGGCCCUCUCCGCAUCCAAGGAGAUGGCCAGUGAGGGAUUUUCGGAUUUCUGCAUGUACCAUGUUGAUACCGCCCCCUCUACGUGUAUUUUCAUAUAGUUGUCUACCGGGGAUAAACCCCACCUGGUCCGGGUGGAUUAGGUGUGUGCGCAUUGGUGCCAACCUAGCCGCCAGGAUUUUUGCAUAUAUUUUAAGGUCCGAAUUGAUCAGGGAGAUGGGCCUAUAGUUUGAUGCGAGUUCAUUGUCUUUCCCUGGUUUUGGGAUGAGCGUGAUGUUGGCUAAUGCCAUGUCGGCGACGGGUGCGCCGCCCGUCAUAAAGUGGUUAUAUAAAGAGGUGAGGUGGGGGGGCCAGUUCUUCUCGAAAUUUCUUGUAGUACCCUAUCUCAUAGCAGUCGGGGCCUGCGGCUUUAUUCCUUUUUAGGACUGCUAUGGCCGUUUCUACUUCUAAUUGGGAGAUUGGUUCCUGUAAGUUUGUGGCAUCCCUAUCUGUUAUCUCUGGAAGAUUUAUGCUGGCAAGGAAGGCGCGCAAUGAGGACCGUGUUUGUUCUUAUGUGCUUUGUGGGUGUUGGGCCUGACCCGUAAAGGUUCGAGUAGAACUCCGUGAAUACCCUGUUUGUCUUGGAGUUGUUGCUAGUUCCUGAGUGAGCGUGCGUAUUUUUGUGAUGGGUUUGUAGUCCCCUCGGGGGUGUAGUGCUCUGGCUAAUAGGGAGUCCAUUUUGUUGGACUUUUCAUAGAAUAAUCGCCUAGAUCUCUGGAUCGAGUGUGCGACCCCUUCUAGCAGAAUCGCUCUAAUUGAGUGUCUUAGUGCGGUGAGUUCUGCUAGUUUUUUGGUUGUGGGAUUAUGUUUGUGCUGCUGUUCUGCUUUUCGUAGGGCAGCCUGAAAUUCUAUCUGUGCUCGGGUGUUGCAUUUCUUUUUGUGUGUUGCCACUUUUAUGAAGUGUCCUCUCAUGACUGCUUUGUGGGCCGACCAAGUCGCCACUGGGUCUACCUCUGGUGUGGUGUUUUGUUUAAAGUAUUCUGCGUUAAGAGUGCGCGUGUUCUCGCAUAGUGUGUCGCUGUUUAGUAAGCUUGUUAAGUCGCCAGGUCCAAGAGGUGGAGUAUUUGAGUUUGUCUAAUGUGAACGAUAUAUCCGCAUUGUCUGACCAGGGGAUACUGCCUAUGUCGGAAUGCACUAGUUUGGACAUCUCUACACCGUUAAGGAAUAUGUGGUCUAUUCUCGAGUAUGUGCCAUGGGGCGCUGAGUAGAACGUGUAGUCACGUGAAUCUGGGUGCUGGAGCCUCCAAGAGGUCAAGAGCUGUGUGUUGGUGAGGAAGGUAUGCAAUAGUUUGUCCUGUGCACCCCUCCCGUGGGACCUGGGUGAGCCUGUUCUCGUGCUCCUGUCUAUGGCUGGACUUGGUGCAGCGUUGAAGUCUUCCCCCCCCACCAGUGUUAUAUUUCUGGGGCAAGCAUCUUCUCUCUUCCCUUGGCUGUCGGGUAAGAGUCAACGCUGGGUCCAUUGCGUACCAGUCCAUAAUGCGUACCUAUGUGAGUUUCAGCGCCCUUAUGAAUGGUGCCACAUCUCUGUUCUGCUAUGAUGUGGGUGGUCCCUUUGAGUGUGACGAUAAGGGCUAGGGGGAAGCCCCAUUUGUAUCUGAUGUUUCUAGCACGUAGUUGGUCUGUGAUCGGUUUUAGGUGUCUCCUUGCUUGAAGGGUGAGCCAGGAGAGAUCUUGGUAAAUCUGGAUUUCAUAUCCAUAGAACAGCAAUGGCGGAUUAGUGUCUCUUUUAGCUUUUUGAGUAUUCGGUCUUUGUCUGUAAAAUAGUGUAGACGACAUGUCUCUUGGGGCGUCUCCAUUGUUGCCUUUGGGUCUGAGUGAGCGAUGCCUUCUGUCGAAGUGGAUCAGCGUUGUGAUUGGCUGCUCUAGUAAUAAGUUGAAUAGCUCCUGCAAUUUUGCUUGUAUAUGUUUCGGGGAGGCCCUUGAUCCUGAGAUUAUUUCUGUGCCUCCUGUUAUCUAUGUCGUCCAGCGAUCUUUGAAGCUGAGACAUUUGUUUUGUGGGUGUCUAAACGGUUGGACAGGAUUUUAAGUUGGAUCUGUACCUGCUCCCUGUCUUCCUCCAAGUCAUGUACACGUAGGCCUACCUGCCGGAUUUCAGCACUCAGUCCCUCCAUCUUGUGCUGGAAUGAGGUUUCAAGUUUCUCCAGCACUACUGUGAGGUCUGCCUUGGAGGGCAAAUUUUGGAGCAGGACUUUAAUAUCUUGCUCUGUUGUGGCUGCUGAGGUCUCUGCUGCUGCAGGGCUGGGCGGAUUGCAGAGGUGUUCGCCUGCCAUCGGCGCCAUGUUUACACUGCCGUGUUCCGUCGUGCGGCCGGCAUGCUCUUUGAAGAAUUUAGAGACCGAGCCCGGUCUCUCGGUGGGUGCUUUCCCGCUACCUGUGUGGGCGCCCUGGGUCCUUUUUGGGGUUCCCCAUGCUGGUCGGUGCUCGUGCUCCUGUUUUUAGUGCCUGUGGUGCCGGAGCCGAGUUAACAUGCGGCCAUCUUCUCCGACGGUCGGCAAUGCCCCCCCGUUGUCUUCACUUCUGAGUGAGUUUAUGACCCCCGGCUCUGCUUGUUCUCAGGGUGGCGGCAGGGCAUCCAUCUCUGUUGGGUCUUAGGUUCGGGGAGGCUCAGUCCGGGAGCCACAGGUCCAAGCACUUCGUCUUCUUGCCGAGGCCCCGGACGGUCGCAUAGCUUGCAUGCGUGGUAGUCUUUGCCUUUGGGGUUUUUGAAUCGGCAUCCGGGAACUCUGGACAGGUGUGUAAAAGGCCAAGGGGUCAGGGCACUGCAUUUGGACCGGGGGAGCUGUAGUUCACGGGUUAGCUCGAUUAGGUCGUCUGCCUCUCUAACCAUGAAGGGGCCGGUUCGUGUGAAAACUUGCAUUCCAGAUGGGAAAUUACAGCGAUACCGUAGCUUUAUCUUGUUAGAUCCUCGUUAGCGGGCGCAUCGCUUGUGGUAGGCCAACGUGGCCGGGGACAGGUCCGGGAAUAGCUGGACCUCCGCUCCAUUUAUGUGUAUGCGUCCAGUCUCUCGUGCUCUCCGCAGGAUAUCCUCCUUGAGCUGGAAGCUAGCGAGGCAGCAGAUGUCCCUUGGAUCAUCUGGGGCCCCUUUUGGGCGCAAUGCGCGAUGUGCUCUUACAAAGUCAAUCGGGGUUGGCUCUGGCCUACCCAGUAUUUUGUUGAAGAUGUCAUUAAGGAUCUCUUUAAUGGGCUCAGGGUUGGUGGUACAUUCAGGGAUGCCCCUUACUCUUAUGUUUUGCCUUCUGCCCCUAUUAUCCAUGUCCUCUAUGUGGAAUGCCAUCUGUCUAAGAUGGUCAGUUUGCGCUUAUAUGGCGUCUGCAUUCGUGGUCUGUAACGAUUGUACGUUGUCAUUGUCUGCCUCCAACUGGGAGACCCUAUGGUGAAGGCCAUGCAGGUCUUGCCACAUGGCAUGCAGUUCUGCCGUUAUAGAUUCCUGCAAGGCUAUGUUGGCCUGUUUGAGGUCUGCUUUCGUUGGUAGGUUGUUGAGCAUUGUCACCCACCCAGGUGGGGCAUCCCCCAGGCCGGUUGUGUCGGACCCGACCCUCUGGGAAGGCGAGAGAGUGCAGUCAGUGGCCUCUGAGUCAUUGGAGGCCUGGGAGGCGAGGUCGGCCGGCAUGACCAAAUAUUGUCGUAGUGAGGUAGCCGGGUCCCUCUUGGUGUGUCCGUGGACUUGGUGGCUAGCGAUGCUCUGUGAGUUUUCCCCAUUUUCAGGCCUGACCCGUGGCGCUGCAAGGAAAUGUGCUGAGCUGGUGGGGAGCUCUCGCACUAUGCUGCCAUCUUGCUUGGCGUCCUAGCCACGCCCCAUGUUUUACUUUUUUUAAAAGCAUAAACGCAGAAUACGAAUAGAAGGGAAACUAAUGCUAGCAUUGCAAGAGCACAGUUAAAUGGUUCAGAACAAAUUUGUUAGUGCAACUAUACGUCUAAAAUCAGAAAUGAAUGAACUUGGGCCUCAAUGUAAUAUUAUUGGAUAAGCUUUCCUAAUCAUUAAAAAGAAAAAAGGGAAGUUUAGUUCAAAAUUGCUAAAUAUUAUGAAAAAUAUUUUAAUUUUGUAAUAUUUAGUUUUAUAUAUGAUCUAUAAUUUUAUAAUUUUAAUGUUGGAAAAAAUCACUUUAAAAGUGUGUCCAAAAAUAUUGCAUUAAGGCCAGAUGUUUAUGGACUAAAAUAUUUUCUAAAUUCUCUGACAAUUAUUCUAUGGUGGUUGGACAUGUUUCCUGGGGUCCAAUGUGUGCUGCUCCCUACCUUCAUGACUUGCAAAAAAAAAACAGAAGCGCUCAGCCCCUGAGCCAAGACUAUCACCACUAAACUUGGCUCAAUCAGCUGACUCGCUCUGACAAUGCUAGAGCUUGAUCACUACAUGGCUUAGCUCAAAACUAAAAAAUUCUUUUUGAGAAAUGUGUGGCUUUCGGGAGAUAGGAGCAGCAUCUGGUGGACCCCAGUUAAGGAGUUAAACCAUUCUAAAACCGUUUGACUCCUGGCAACAUAACCACUGCAGUGCAUGUGCUUGGAGUGUUCAUCUAAGAGUUAUAUGCAAUCAAUAUCUGAGGGAUAUUUAACAUUCUGUUUGAAGGUUAGUGUGCUCAUCUGAGUGUUUAACUCAAAGCUUAUUUAUUUUAAUUCCCCUUCAUUAUACUCUAGCAUCCACUGGUCCAAGCAAUAUUCAGUCGGAAAAUAGAUGAAGUGAAGUUAUUACUGAACCAGAAAGAAAAUGUAAAUGUUUUGGUGAGUAUCAGCUUUACUAUUCUCAUUCUAGAUGUCUGGAACUAUAUUAAUGGGUCUUGAAUGUUCAUUGCAGAAUUUCCUGACUCCUUAAGAAUUGCGAAAGUGUGUGUAUGUAUGUAUCCCUUGCUUAAGAACAAACAUUCCUUUAUAGAUACAAUGGUAGAUGCAAGCUAAAUGCUGGGGGGGAGGGAGGUGAAAUUUUGUAUGAAAAAUAUAAUCUGGCAGUGGCUCCAGUCUAGGAGGGGGGGCGGGGAGGAGUUUGCAGAAGAAUGUGGCCUUAAUUGUGAAUCAACUGUAAUAUAUACCCAAUGAGUACAGCAUGCUGGGAGAAUGUAAUGUAAUAGCAUGUCCCUCGGUGCUGUCAUCAGAAUGCUGCACAGGAAUGCAUGUGGAAGCAGGUGAAAUGGUCUGUUGCAUCAUGAAGAGACAGUCAGCUUCUCUACUGAUAUCAAGCACUACAUGCCUCAAAUCUCUUCACCACUGACAGAGUAGUACAGGGAGAAUUAUUUAAAGAAACUUGUGUGUCUGGGGAGAUGAUUUUAUCUAUUCUAACAGACAAAUUUUGGGCACCAUAUACUUUAACUCCAAACUCUUCAAGUCCUCCCCUUCACUUCUGUUCCAAUCUGAAGCUUUAAUCAGGAAGGUUGAGUACAUCAGCAAACUGUCAGUCUGUCACCCUUUCUAUUCACAAACGUGAGUGAAAAGAUAUCUACCUCGGAUUGUAACAGAAGUGAAGGUACAUAGUUGAUGGGUGCCAAAUUGAAGUCUGGGUUUAAAUCCUUUUGUUUGUUUUAACCCUGUUGAAGUAAGUUGGCGUCCGCGCCUCCUUCCACCGUUUCAUUUUUAUGAAUUGUUUUGGUGUCUGGAUUGUCCCUUUACACUGCAGCACAGCAGUUGCAAGAAGUAUACAAAUGUGUAAAAAAAUAAAUCCUACUUGUACAAAUAUUGAUUUUAUUAUUCUCAUUUUCCCCAUUACAGGACCAAGAAAGACGUACUCCCCUGCAUGCUGCUGCCUUCUUAGGAGACCUUCAAACUAUUGAGCUAUUAAUACAGUCAGGUAUGAUCUGCGUGAACUAUUUUUUUCUUAAUCUGUUUUACAUUUAUACUUUGUUUCAAUACAAUGAGUUUUAGAUUAAAAAGUUCAGUCUUCAGGCCUCUUGUACACACGACUAAGUACCAACACGACAAAGCUGUUAAAUUAACCAGAUUAGACUUUACAUAAUCCUGAAUCUUUAGCAUUAAGUAUCACAUUUGCGUGUUUUUUUUUUUUUUUGGUUUUUUUAACCGUUCUAAGUAGAGUUAAUAGAUUUGAAUAAAGUAACGUAAUUUAAAUGUUUUUUUAACUUUGAUUUUAUCUGUAUUAUGAUCUGUGCAAAAAAAUUUUAUUUUUUUUUUCUUCUACAUACAGUAAGGGAGUAAAUGAAGUUUGUCAUUUUCCUAUUUAACUUAUGUGGUCUCUGUUUAUAAAACAGUUGUAACAUGCUACGUACAUUUAGCAAUAAGUGCCUUUUUUGUGCAUUUGUUAUGCAGAAAUGCGAUGUACAUUCUAGAGCACGCUAGUUAAUCUACACUUUAUGCUGAGCAGAUGUAUAGAUGGCCUUUGUUUAUAUAUUGAGGUUUGUAGCUUAUAUCUCUCAACUGCAGCUAUUCCGGUCAGCUAGGUUCUAAAAUGCUAUAUGGACAAAGCAUUUGGAGUGUGUACAAUUUACUGUAUCUAACUAAGUAUGUCAUGCAGAAAACAUCAGAUUCAAUGUAUAUGCAUCAAUAGGCUUAUGUUCACUAGCAUAGAGCAUAGUUUAAAAGUAGAGUACUUGCACCCACACCUUUUUUUAAAGGUGCACUUUGAAUAUUUGCCUAUGAUAAUAGAUAUGUCGGUGUGUUUUUAGGUGCUAAUGUAAAUGCAAAGGAUUCGGCUUGGCUCACACCUGUGCACAGGGCUGUUGCUUCACGCCAUGAGGUAAAUUGCAAACUUUUGUAAAAGUAACAUAUUGUUAAAUUACAUGUGUUGUGCUGCAGCAAAAAAGUCAUCAAGAAUGCCUGUACUUUAUCAGCCUACACAUAAAAAAAGUAAGCUGAUUCAUUUAAGAAAUCCAUAGUAUAUUUGUAAUUUAUAAUACUGUUUUUGUUUCUGUUGGGUAGGGUUAUUGUUAAAUACAAACAUAGGCGCAGAUAUUAAAAUAAAUAUAAUCCAACUUGGACUGACUGCAAAUAAAAACUUGUAAACUAAAUUUUUUAUUUUAUUUUUAAAGUGUAGCCAACCUUUGUUCCUCUUUAACUCUACUUUACAAAUAGAGAGCAGUCUCUCUCCUCGUGAAACACUCUGCAGACGUCAACGCACGGGACAAAUACUGGCAAACUCCACUACAUGUUGCUGCUGCUAAUCGAGCUAAUAAAUGCGCAGAGACGUUGAUAACGCUAGUGAAGAAUGUCAACAUUGCGGAUCGCACAGGACGCACUGCCCUUCAUCAUGCUGUGCUCAGUGGAAACCUGGAGGUAUAUACGUGAUUGACUCAUAACCCUGUCUGAAAUUCUCUUUGCACUUCAGUGAAAAGCAUCUCUGAAAAGAAAAAAGUGUUUAAUACAUAAGUGAAUCAUCACAGAGGAGGUUAUUCCACUUUCUCCUCUACAUUUUAUCGAUGUGGCUUUUUUUUUCUCCAGCAAUGUCUUCUCUUUUCACAGAUGGUGCUCAUGCUUUUAAACAAAAGAGCUCACCAUGGUAUAUGUGAUAAGAAAGAGAGGCAGCCUAUUAUGUAUUCUUCUUUCCUGGGUAAGUUGCAGAUAUAUUAAAUUCUAUCCUGCUUUUAUUUAAAUUUUUUUAUAAUUAGUAGUGGUAGUAGGCGAUUACCACCACCUUUGAGUGGGGUUUUGUUUCUUUAGGUUGGUAUUGGUUCUACCUUACUUUUCUGUGUAAUAGUUCUCCUAAAGUCACCAAGACAAUUUCAUUUCAAUGAAGUAGUCGUGCUGCAGUGCUUAUGUAAGCUCGAGGUAAAACAUUGCUGUUUUACAAGAAGGGCGAUGUUUACCUUAAAGGGUUAAGCACACCACUAGUGGCUCCUAUACUGACAAAUUCUAAAGGCACAUCUGCUGCACUGAGUAAAACUGUGAUGUUGCAGCUCUUAGAAAAGUAUUGGGUUUAAUGCUUUCUUAUUAAAAGCAGUGGAUGCCUCGUAUGGUGCUUGCUGCAGAACUUUGGAUUGAACAACCACCAGAGUAAGCCAUACCUCUUUGAGUCUCAAAGAUGGGGAAAAUGGCUCAUAUGUAUAAAUGUGAGAACCGGCAUCAGUUCUUUAGGUUUACUCUUCCCUCCCUCAGAUUGUUUUUGCGCGAGUGGAUCAGCAUUAAUGUAGGUUCAUCUAGGAUACAUAUUUUCUCUUGCGUUUCAUGGGACAGGAAACGCAUUUUUGCAUUACAUUUGACCGGAAGUUGUUCCUUUGGACUCCAAGUAACAAUGUUUCAUUUUCAAUUCUACUUUACUAUUUUUUACUGCCUCUCCCUCCUUGGACACACAUAGUUAGCUAAUAAUGUACAUAUGUGUUUUGUUAUUUUAAUGAUUUUGUUUUAUUCACCAACGUUAAUGUGCAAGUUAAUUAUUGGUUGAUCAUUGGCACUUCUUGAUAUAGAUAGAUCUAUAGAUGGAUAUUUGACUGUGGUGUUAGCUUGACAAAGACCUCUUAGGUCAAAACGUUGCUGCUCUUUUCUGUUUCUUUUCCAAAACUGCCUGGGGCGUGAAAGCCUUGAAUGCCUGGAGAUAUUUUUUUUUAAUUUAUUUUUGCCUCAAAGAUGGAAAAGGGCAUGUAAAAAAAAAAAAAGUAUGUCCAUAACGAAGGACAGAGGCACUAUAUAUUGUUGGAAAUGCAGGAUUGUAUUACUAAUGCUAUAGUGUCCUCUUUAAUAAUGAGGAAGGUGAAGGCUGAAAGACACACGUGGGAGAAAAAAAUGAAUGUAAAAGUAAUGUCUUAUGCUACUGUGAUAAAUCCAAUAAAUAAAACAACUCAUUGCAUAUUCUGAUGAUAGUAUUUUGUUUAAGAAAAAUAACCAAACAUCUGACACUGUUAACCUUUUUAAUUUGCUUUGCUGAAUGUGAUGUGUGUUGAAAAAUAGACCUCUUUACACUGCACCAUUUUGAGUAGGGGCCCUUUUUUUCUAUUCAAGGACACCUGGAAAUUACAAAGCUGUUGAUUUCUCGGGGAGCUGAUGCAAUGUCGAAGGAUAAGAAGGGUUAUACUCCUCUCCAUGCAGCUGCUUGUAGUGGACAGGUUGAUGUGUUGAAGUAUUUGUUAAAACUUGGUGUGGAGGUGAGUUUAGUUUUUUAAUAGUUUGUUAAAACUGUAACCUUUUAAGGGGUGGAUCUCCUCACUUGUCUACACUACUUUAAAGGGACACUAUAGUCACCAAAACAACUACAGCCUAAGGCCUUUUAAACUGUGCUAACAGACUUUUGUGCAUUUUAAUUUGUCAAAGUGCUUAAAGGACUACUAUAGUGCCAGGAAAACAUACUCGUGGAGAGGAAGGGGUUAAAAUCUUACCUUUCACCAGCGCCGGGCAGGGAGCUCUCCUCCUCCUCUCUGCCUCUUCUCCUCCUCUUUGGCUGAAUGCGCAUGCACAGGAGCUGCGCGUGCAUUCAGCCAGUCUCAUAGGAAAGCAUUCACAAUGCUUUCCUAUGGAUGCUUGCGUCUUCUCACUGUAAUUUUCACAGUGAGAAGCACGCAAAGCCUCUAGUGGCUGUCAAUGAGCGAGCCAUUAGACGCUUUAGAGGCUGGAUUAAGAAACUAUGUUUUUAUCAAAAAAAAAUGGGUUAACCUUAGCUGGACCAGGCACCCAGACCACUUCAUUAAGCUGAAGUGGUCUGGGUGCCUAGAGUGGUCCUUUAAUAUCAAAAUCGUGCUUAUUUGAUAUUGUGCAAAAAUAGCAAUAACUUGUGCAUAAUCUGCAAAUCCAAAGUGCCAAUUUACACAUUAUAUAUGAUAUACUUGCAAUGUACGUAGUUCAACAUGAAAAAGAAAAACAGUGUAAUACUGUAAAUACACCAUAUAUAAAAAGAACCAGAUGUGUUUAGCACUCACAAACGUUGAGCAGGUAAGCCUUUGCUGCAGAAAGACUGACAGCCGUGAUCAAAUUGAACAAUCUUUAUUUCAAUUUAAAAUAAAAAAAAAUUACCAGUCCCUCAGAUAAGCUUCCAAAAGUCCUGUUACCAGUUGCCGGCACUUCUGGAUUCCUGGAAUGUUUGCGCUCGUAACAGUGGACGGAGUAUGGUUUUUUUUAUUUUUUUAUUUUUUAUUAUUUGGUCUGUCUUCUCUAGCAUUGCAUAUAUAACCAUUUUAGGGAUGUUAAAAAUUAACUUUCUAACACGUCUGUCUUGGCAGAUUGAUGAACCAAAUUGCUUUGGGAACACUGCCCUCCACAUUGCCUGUUACAUGGGACAAGAUUCUGUGGCCACUGAACUUGUUAAUUACGGCUCCAAUGUCAACCAACCCAAUGAGAAAGGUUUCACCCCUCUGCACUUUGCUGCCGUUUCUACCAAUGGAGCUUUGUGUCUGGAGCUUCUUGUAAACAAUGGGGCUGAUGUUAAUUUUCAGGUAAAAUUUUAUUCAUGUAAAUGGUUUUUCAAAACAAGUGUGGCACUCUUUUUGUGUGUGUGUGUUUUUUGAGGUAUGGGUUUUGUCUGGCUACAACAGACUUGUUGCAGGCCCGUCGUGGGUCCGGCCACAGGUCUGUCUAUUUCUUUGGAGGGGGAAUAUGUGAUGGAUUGCCUGAGUUGCUUGUCGCAGGCCACAAGCUUGUGGUGCCAUUUUUGUGAUGGUUUUCGAUGUGUCUAGAUGUUGCUGUGUUGUGUGCCUGUAUUCUACAUAGAGCAGUGUGUCUGUAUAUGCAGGUGUGGGGCAACAAAGGGGAGGGCAGCAGCUCUAUAGACUGUAAAUUAUAGUUAGGUGUGGUAUUCUGUGUUAAUCAAGAAAUGCUGCACUGUGUGUGACCACCUGCUGUGGGAGCCAGCAAGUCUAUCUGCUACAGCAAAGGGCUGUGUUGAUGUAACCAGAGAUUGCUCUGAACGGAUAGGGGGUUCCAACUUCAAAGUGGAAUUUGCGUUGUAAGCUCUGAUUGAUCAUGCAAUCAAAUUGGCCCCUUUUGUAAAAGUAUUAAAGAAUUUUUGGAGCUUUUUUAUUUAUUUAUAUGUAUGUUGUGAUUGAAAACCCCUUCCACAAAAUGUGCUUCUUUGUUAAACUAAUUAGCAUAUGCCCACUCAGAAUCCUUUGCGGUUGUAACAUCGCUGCAGUUUGGGAAUUUCUGUGGGAAAAGCAAGUCUUAUGGCUUGACUGGUAUGCAGAUUUUUGUUUAACACUGAUGUGUAUGUGUAUAUGUGAGUGAACGGGUCGAAACAUUGAUCAAACAACCUGUAAACCUUUGGAUUAAAGACCGUUAAUAUUCUUAAAUAGACUGGAGAGUGCAUCUUUCUUCAAUAUAAUUAUGUUUGUAUGUAUCUCUAUCUAGAACUCUGUACCUCAGGGGGGGGGACUGAAUUGCCUCUCAAGCACAGUAAAUCAUGGGAGGGAUUGCCCUGGGGGUUGGGUUGGAAACCCCUUGUGAUUAGGUUUUUGCAUAAUAGGCAGUGUGUGGCCCUGAAUAAAGCAGUUGUACUCCCAGAACUGUGUGUGGUCUAGUCAGGGCCGGUGCAAGGAUGUUUGCUGCUCCUCCCCCCCAUGUGACAUCACAAUGCCCCACCCAUAUGAUCAGCCAUGUUAACUAGAUGCAGUGCUGCCGUGUUAACAUUAAAAGGCCUGCAGGGACAGGCUAUAGACACCAGAACCACUACAUUAAAGCGGCACUGUCAUGCCGAACUUACCUUUCCUCAAUCUCUUCCUCUUCUCCCCCUCUCUCAGGAUCUGUUAUACUUUUCUUCCUGUCUUCUUUAGUUUUCUUUAAAAUCAUAAGACAAAGUAGGGACUCUUUGCCUUAUGGGGGAUUCCUCCGCUUGACCAGCUCUGACCAGCGGAGGAGCAAAGUGUGCUUCAUUUCCGCUGGUCAGAGCAAUUUUCCCAUGAUCCCUAGCUUUCCUCAGUGUUCCCACAAUGCUUCCUGUCAUUUUACACAAAACUGCCGAAUUGCGUUCUAACUGAAUGACAACAGUAUGUUCGUUUCUUUUAGAAUGCAAUUCGGCACUUUAUUCGGAUCAGAAUUUCAUUCGAAUGAAUGAAACUCCAAUCCUAUUCAUUGCUGUGGCUGCAUUUUGCAGCCGCUUAGUAGAUAGCUCCCUGAUACCGUGGGAAUUAGGGAGUUAUCUACUAAAAGGCUGAAAGACCUAAAUUGGCCUUUCAGCCAACUUUACUAAUACCAAGUAAAAAUUACUUAGUAUUAGUAAGUAAUAUGUCCCUACUCGCUAUACUGCGAGUAGGGGCAUGUCUGGUAAACAGUGAGCAGCCUGUGUAUUGACCCCCAUAGAGUGAGAGGGGGACCUGGGGGGGCUUAUGAAGUGGUGGGGAGCACUGCUCCCUGCUACUUCUAUAGUUACAUAUUACAAGGAGAGAGCUGCGUGCCGGUAGCUCCCUCCUUGUAAUAAACUGAACGAACAAACAAACACUGAUACAUUGUGUUUGUUUGUUCGGCUGAUAUUUCUAUUCACUCAUUCGUCUGUCUGAUGAAUGAGUGAAUAGAUGAAAUUCCCGUUCGCAUGUCCAGGUGUUUCACUGGGCAUGUGCGGGAAUCUCACAGUCUGUCUAGUGUGGGCUGAUGACGUGUCCCUGAGGCACUUCACCUACCCACACAAAGAUGGCGGCGCCCUGAAUGUAGAUCGGGGCAGAAAAUAAGGAUUAAAAAAAUAGGUAAUGUGGGGGGCUUAGGGGCAUUUGGGGGUGACUAGUGAGUCAAUUGGAUGUAGUGGAGGCGGGAGAGGGGUUAAAAAAAAAAAAACAGAAUUCGGCAUGACAGUGCCGCUUUAAGCUGCAGUGGUUCUGGGGACUAUAGUGUUUCUUUAAUGUGAGGUAAAUUAGAGAUUAGUGCCACGUAUAGUAUACUAGAUUGUCUACUUACAACCAGAUGAGGAUGAUGGGCUGUAGCUGCAGUCUGGCUCCACUGGUCUGGUGUAGAACAGGAUCUCUGGAGGCUGUUUGUAACUGUAGUCACAAAAAUCAAUGUUCUGGGAGAACUGGAAGCAGCUCCAUUUUUUUGGGGGCCCUUUACACAGCUCAAGGUCUGGGUCCCAGGGUCCACCUUCAUGUUCCACCAAUGAGUUUGUUCACAGGGGGUGGAGUGUAGGGAAUGUCCUGAUUUGUGUGUAAGGAAUGCAUUGUGUGAAUCUGUGUUUAGCCGUGUAAGGGCUGCAAGGUGUGUUUCUGUGUAUUGAGUGUGUGUAAGGGGUGCAUUGUGUGUGUGUGUGUGUGUAAUGGAUGUCCAUCUCCUCCCCCCUCCCAUGUCACUCUCUUCUCCCCUCCCCCUCUCCCCCGUCGCGCCAUUCUCCUCCCCCUCAAGGCUGCAAUGCUUUCCUAUGGGGAUUUUACCACCAUUGGAUGUCCUCAUGCAGAGCUCUCUCCUGGUGCUCCUCCUACCUCUCCCAGCACUCUUUCAGUGUUUCUUUCUCUGGCUCUGCUUCUCCCCAACUCCUCUCUGUUGGUGUCCCCCAAGGUUCAGUCCUUGGUCCCCUACUGUUCUCCAUCUAUACUGCCUCCCUUGGUAAACUCAUUAGCUCCUUUGGCUUCCAAUAUCAUUUCUAUGCAGAUGACACGCAAAUCUACCUGUCCUCUCCUGAUCUCUCCCCGUCCCUCUUGACUAGUGUCGCUGACUGCCUCUCUGCUGUUUCUAACUGGAUGGCUGUCCACUUCCUUAAACUACACUUGACCAAAACUGAAAUACUAGUCUUUCCUCCCUCAAGUGUUGUUACUCCUGUGUCUGUCUCCCUCCAAGUCAACUGUGCUACCAUCAGCUCCACCACGCAGGCACGCUGCCUAGGUGUUCUCUUUGACUCCGACCUCUCCUUCACGCCUCAUGUUCAGUCUAUCACCAAACCCUGUCAUUUCCAUCUCAAAAAAAUUGCGCGCAUCCGCCCCUACUUAACACCAGAUGUGACUAAGGUGUUGGUCCAUUCCACUGUCCUUUCUCGCCUUGACUACUGUAAUUCGCUUCUCAGUGGUCUUACGUGCUCCCAACUUGCGCUAUUACAGUCCAUAAUGAAUGCGGCAGCGAGGCUCAUCUUCCUGUCUGCCCGCACCUCCCAUGCCUCACCCUUCUCUCAGUCCCUACAUUGGCUUCCUAUAAAAUAUAGUGCUCAAUUUAAAAUUCUCGUUCUUGCUUUCAAAUCGCCACAUAAUGCUGCUCCCACCUAUCUGUCCUCCCUUAUACACAAGUAUGUCCAGUCUAGGCUCUUACGAUCUGCUUAAGACUUACGUCUAUCUUCUGUCCGUACUCCCACUUCUGAUGCUCGCCUUCAAGAUUUCUCGAGGACUGUCUCUAGUCUAAUACUAUCCUUACCUUUUUGUGUCCUUUUUACCCCACUCCCUCUAGCAUGUAAGCUCAUUGAGCAGGGCCCUCAACCCCUCUGUUUCUGUGUGUCCAACCUGGCUGGUUACAACUACAUGUCUGUUCGUCCACCCAUUGUAAAGCUCUGUGGAAUUUGAUGGCGCUAUAUAAAUAACAUAAUAAUUAUAAUCAUUGACAUUGCAGGGUUAAGGGGACCGGGACACUGCACCAACACUUCAAUGACCUGAAGUGGUCUGGUUGCCUAUAGUCUGUUUGAUUGAUAUACUAUAUUUGGAUGAUGCAAUGACUUCGAGUAACCAGUGUUAAGGGUUAUACCUCAGUAGUGAAUCCUCUCCGCCGAGGGUCUUGGUGACCUUUGUAGUACUAGUGCAAGUACUUGUUUUGUUUGUGGUUUUUUUUUUUUUUUUGUUUUGUUUUGUUUUUUUUGCACUUGGCUAGCUGGAUAUGUGAGCAGAUUUUCUUUUAUUCCCCCCAUCCCUUUAUAAAUUAAAAAAUAUAUAUCAUUUUAUUUUAUUUUUAUUUUAUUUUUUUAUUUUUUUUCUUUCUUGUUCAAUCCGUAAUUCUUUCCUGUAGUGCUGACAAAUUGUUACUCAGAUUUCCCCCACUAUUUUGCGGUGCUUAGUGGGAACAGCCAUCACACCACUCUGCAAAUGUGGCUAUUUGUGUAUAUGUAUAAUUUGGUUAUUUAGAUUGUCCCACCUUUACCAUAUAUACUAUACUAGAUUAUUUUUUUUUUUAAUCUUGUUGAUUUGAUUUUGUAUUCAUGUUUUUAAGGUGUCCAUUAUUUAUUUUCUACAAAAUAGAAUACUGAUGGAACGGAGACCCUCAAUGACCUCUUUGGGACAAUACAUAAAGUGAAGGAUCUCUAAAGUCCCUAUAAUUCGGUAAUCUCUUUAGACUACCUGAGGUUAUUACCGAAAGGGUCUUGGGUUUUCAAUAUAGGUACUUGGUUAUUCACUUUUGUCUGACAUUGAGCAAUAAGGAAAUGUGUUCUUUAUUCGUCCUGCAUGACUUUAGAGGGUGAUUUAUUUAUGAAUAGGUGUGUUAACAUACAUUUAUUAAAGACAAAAUAAAAGAUGUUUUAAUAAUUCUAGUUCCACAUUUUUAUUUUCUUUUGUUUAGCCAUAUUUAAAGGGGUAAACCUCUGAGCUGGGUGGGCAACUUUUCUAGACUUCAGGAUUUUGUUAUUUUUCCCUCCAGGAUUUUAGUCUAAUUUUUUUUUUCCCCCAUUUGAACUGUCAUACCCCAAAUAACUUAUGCUCAUUAGAUUGAGCAUAAGAUGCGGUCUAUGCAUUGUGCUAGCAGUUUUGCUAGCAAAUGUAUAGUUAAGGAGAGAACUUUUUUUUUUUUUUUAAACUAGGUUUUUCUCGCAGCUGCCUCCUGAGCGUAGCAAAUUUGGGAAUUACGUAUUUAUAUUUGAAAUAAGUCUUGAGUCUGUCUUACACCCAUCACAUUAUUAACUUGUAAAUCACAGCACAUGAACUUAAUGGCUCUUGUUAUGAAAGCCUUAGGCCCAUCUUGGCUAUUGGAAGGUUUUAGGAUUGGUUAAGCAUAAUUUGUGAAAAGUGAUUUUAAAUAUCAAUGUUGUGUUUUUAAAGUUACGCCAUUCCAAUCCCAGAGGUCUAGUAGUCACCUGCCACUUUUUGUUCUUCUCCGUUAUCCUCAGAAUAGCCAGCAACAAAACACACUGAUUAAUUGUGUGUGUAAAUAAAUUUUUUUAAUUUUUUUUUUGCAGAGUAAAGAUGGAAAGAGCCCUUUGCAUAUGGCUGCCAUCCAUGGACGGUUUACACGCUCUCAGAUUUUAAUACAGAAUGGUAGGUGCCUGUUGCAUCACACCUCUCUUUUGGCAGAACAUGUUCAGACAAAUGGACAUUGCUCUCUUCUAUUAUUUGUAGGUGGUGAAAUCGACUGUGUCGACAAAUACGGCAAUACACCUUUGCACGUCGCUGCUAGAUAUGGCCAUGAGCUGCUAAUUAGUACGUUGAUGACAAAUGGUGCUGAUACUGCAAGGUGAGUGUUCAGAGAAAUCAGACUUCAUACCUUUUUAUGAGCGAGAUAUCAUAGCAGAACUGAUGCAACUAAAAUUAGUAAAUAUAGGAAAUUAUAGGAAAUUAAAGGGACUCUCCAGUGCCAGGAAAACAUUACCUGCAGUGCCCUUCUCCCUCUCACCCCCCAUCCCAUGUUGCUGAAGGGGUUAAAGCCUCUUCAGUGACUUACCGGAAUCCAGCGCCAGCGUCUCUCUGCGCUGGGUCAGGCUCUGCCCACACUCCGCCCCCGCCGACGUCAACCAGCGGGGGAGACCUAAUGCGCAUGCGCUCGUUAGACCUCCCCAUAGAAAAGCAUUAUUCAAUGCUUUCCUAUGGGGAUUCUGGCGACACUGGAGGUUCUCAUGUAUAGCGUCGUUUAAAACACUUUUUUCGUGUUCUAAGAACACGAAGUCCCUCUAGUGGCUGUCUGAGAGACAGCCACUAGAGGAGGGCUUAAGCCUGCAAGGUAAUUAUUGCAGUUUAUUAAACCUGCUAUAAUUAUAUUUGCUGGGUUAAGGGUGGUGAGAUUUGGCACCCAGACCUCUGCAAUGGGCAGAAGUGGUCUGGGUGCCUGGAGUGUCCUUCUAAGCCUUUGCCAAGUCUCUUCUGUUUUGCAUCUAAUAAGGGAUUCCCAAGACAAAGGCAUAUAUACCUAUAUGUAAAUUAUUCUGUCCUAAAACACACAAAGAAAUGAAAUAAAUAAAACUGUGUACAGUGACCUUUCCACUAGAUAUGGAGAUUAGACUUCUAGAUUAUGCACAUAUAUGCUAACAUUUGAGUUUGCAUGCAUCCAGGUCAAUAGAGUUAAAAUGUAUGCUGCUUACUAGAGAUCUAAACAGUGUACAUUUUAUAGCAUCUUGGCUAGCAGAACAUUCAGUGUUCUUUGUGGACCAUUCUUCAUUGGGUAACAUAUAGCUCUAUUCUGUAUCAAAAUAAAGCCUUCUAAGGCUGCAAUUUAUUCAUGCCAGAGGUUUCAUUUGUAUCCUGUUUUCCUUUUUCUCAGGCGUGGUGUACAUGGCAUGUUUCCGCUUCACUUAGCUGUUCUUUUUGGUUUCUCAGACUGUUGCCGUAAGCUACUUUCCUCAGGUAAGAGAUUUUUUUUAAAUUAACUACUUGAAUGUGUCUUAACCAUAAUGGGAAAUAUAAUCAUACGUGAAAAUACAGUCCAUAUGUUAUUGAGAAUGUGUUUUUCUAUUUAGCGUUUUGUCCGCAAUCUGAAUUGUGAUGCGACAUAGCAUUGUCCCCUAGAUUGGAGCUGCUUGUUUUAGAGCUUCGACUCGAGCUCUGUAAAGCAUUUUGCUCAUGCUAAUUUACCAGUAAAUAUCCUGGCAUCAGAUCUCUGUGCCUGCUUGCUAUAUUGAGAUGGACUUGGUAAACCAUUUUCUUUCCUUUCUAGGUCAGUUGUACAGCAUAGUGUCGUCGCUUAGCAAUGAGCAUGUGCUGUCUGCUGGCUUUGAUAUUAACACGCCUGACAACCUUGGGAGGACCUGCCUCCAUGCUGCUGCUUCAGGAGGGUGAGUCUCAUUUGUUAAAGUAGCCCUUCAUUGUUAUGCUAACAUUCUGUGUACCUAAAUAACGCUUUAGGAUUAUAUUUUUUUUUAUUUUUUUUUUUUUUAUAGAGAUAUAUAAAAAAGAUAAUUUAAGGUAAACUAAGCAGUGAAAUGCAUAUUGAUGUGUUGAUACAGUCAAUAUUACCAUUGUAAUACAUUUAAUUUCAGUUGUACUACUCUAGGCUGCUGAGAGUAUCCAUAUGUUUUUAUUUUUAUUUUCGGAUUGUAGAAAAAGAACAUGUUGCAUAGAUUAAAAAAGGUGCUGGCAUAUAAUUUGUCAUAAACAAAUCAGUGUUGUAUUAUUUCUUGGACAUUUAAAUUGACUCUCCAGUCACAAGUGUUUCUCCUUUGCCCUAUUUUAGAAAUGUUGAAUGUCUUAAUUUGCUGUCAAGCAGUGGUGCUGAUUUGAGGAGACAGGAUAAGUUCGGAAGGUAAACAUUCUGCCUAUAUCUUAUUUUAAUUUGGAUUGGCCCUUAAAGCAAGAUUAAGUGCUGUAGGUACUGAUGUCCCUUUUGCUUGAUUUAUUCACUACAAGCAUCACCCCCCUUCCUCCCCACACCCUCUUUUUUGCCAGCCAAUGUAAGUAGUCGACUUUUUGACACCGCCUCCCUCCACUGCUGAUGGAGAGUCAGAAGCUCUUUUUCAAUGGAGUCCUUCACAGCAUGGGUUAGUUCAUUGGCUGAGAAUGAUCAGUCGAUGCUCUCAACCAGUGAGCUAACUCAGGAGAGCUAAUGGCUUCUGGCUCAUUGUUUGUAGUAGAGGUGGGCAGCGGUGCCUAAUGUACCCCAGGUAAGAAGUCAAACUUUUCAAUUGUUUGACUCUUUACAAUGGGUGGUGCUAGGGCGUUUCUUACAACUAACUGUACAGGGCGCUCUACAGUUAUAGCGUGCUGGAUAGUUUGAUGUUUGUAGUGUUGCUUUUUGCAUCUUCUGCUGAUUUAAUUUGGCUCAAUUCUCUUGCAUGUAUUGUAAAAAUGUAUCUAUUCACAGUAUUCACAAACAACCAAAUCCUAACCUAAUCACGACAAAUGGAUACCCUGCUAUUUUCAAAUGGAUCUCAUAAUUGCAUUGUAAAAAGAAGUACAAAUGGGAAAAGUAAUUGAAGGUUCUCACAUUUGUUAUCCUGCACAGUAAAACGCUAGACACAGUACAUGUUUGAUUGGUCAUGUGUGAAGAUUACUGUGCAUGUGUCCUGUGUCCCCAGUAUUUGUGGUUUUUGUUUAGGGGCACAUCUUUUCUGACAAUCUGAAAAGUACUCUUUUUAUUCCGUGUUCCUUUUUAAGUGCUUUUUAAUGGUGGUGGUGGUGGUGUGUUUUAUUUUUAUUUUUUUUUAUUUUUUUUUUUUUUCUCCUUUCUAAAUCUCAUAAUGCAACCAAAUCACUGACUAGUUAUGUCAAGGGCCCAAAUCCACUAACUUGCAUAUGUUUUUUAUAUUGUUUUAGGACUCCGUUGCACUAUGCUGCUGCCAAUGGUAGCUAUCAGUGCACUGUAAAUUUGGUCACUGCUGGAGCCAGUGUUAAUGAGGCAGACUUUAAAGGCUGCACCCCCUUACACUAUGCUGCUGCUUCUGAUACCUACAGGAGGUGAGUGGCACAUUCUAGGUUUGUUUUAUGUUCCUGACCUUAUUCGUAAAUCUAGGAAGAUCUCUGGGUUAGGCAUAAUUGUCACAUUACCUAUGUAAACUUACGUUCAAGCAUUCACAGAUAUAGAUGUUCAAGGCCUAUUCAGAAUGCUUUUUGAGUUGUGACUGUUUAGGACAAAAUGCCUAAUUUGGAAAAUUUUCCAACUUCAUGAUAUACACAGUUUGAUAUGUUGGCCUGAGUAUUGCUUCAAACCACGUUUAACAGUGAUAUGUACCCCUAUGUUCACAUGGGUUUAAAUAUUUAAUGUUUAAAGGACCACUCUAGGCACACAGACCACUUCAGCUUAAUGAAGUGGUCUGGGUGCCAGGUCCCUCUAGGAUUAACUUUUUUUUUUUUUUUUUAUAAACUUAGCAGUUUCAGAGAAACUGCUAUGUUUAUAAAUGGGUUAAUCCAGCCUCUAAAGCCUUUAGUGGCUGUCUCAUUGACAGCCGCUAGAGGAGUUUGCGUGCUUCUCACUGUGAAAAUCAGUGAGAAGACGCCAGCGUCCAUAGGAAAGCAUUAUGAAUGCUUUCCUAUGAGACAGGCUGAAUGCGCGCGCAGCUCCUGCCGCGCAUGCGCAUUCAGCCGGAGAGGAGGAGGAGCUCCCCGCCUGGCGCUGGAAUACAGGUAAGUUUAACCCCUUUCCUCGCCAUCCAGCCCGGCGGGAGGGGGUCAGUGCCAGGAAAACAAGUGUUUUCCUGGCACUAUAGUGGUCCUUUAAAGUGACUCAGUCAUCUCUAACAUGCCUUUCUCCUAUGGUUUACCCUGCUGUUUUUUGAGAAUCUGUAAUUUCAUUUCUGAUCUACUUCUCUUUGAAACAUAAGACAAAGUAGUCCCUACUUUGUCUUUAAGUAUUUGUCAAGCGUAGGAAUAAUAUACAAGAUAAAGUACUUGUUUUUCUAAAGCAAAAUAAAUCAGAAAUUGGAAAAAUAUCUGGUUGUGGAAGAGGAAAUAAUAGGAGAGGUUUUUGAUGUCAGACACUUUAAAAGAGGAACUCCAAGUUCCCUAGACAUUUAUUUAUCCCUAUAUUUAACAAAUUAUGCAUUUGUGAGGAAUGAAAAGUACAAUUAAAGGAACACAAACUUGUUUUAAUAAUCCUAUAAUGUUACCAUCACUAUCUGCCCACCCCCUCCCCACACACACCCUGGCCAAUCAGCAUCUCCUCAUAAAGAUGCAUUGAAUUAAUGCAUCUCUGAGGAAAGUGUCUCCAUGCAAAGGUGUCCAUUUAAAUGUAGAAAUCAAUACUUCAUUUUGCAGUUGGACACUGCCUUUUUAGCCCCUGGUCAGUCAUUCUAAUAAUCUGUCCUUUGCACUUGGCAGUCAGCAAAGAAAAAGCAUACAGAAGAGGGGGAAAAACUAACUUCUGUUGAUUUUAAAUAUUUGUUCGGACAUUGUUUUAGUUGGUUUAUAACGUAAUUUGCUGGCUUGUAGUGUUAUGUUCUACAUCUUUAAUAUGCAUUUUUAAAAGAAAACAGAGCAUCUCAUGAAAACUGUAACACCUUUCAUUUUCUUUCAAUAAAUGUCAUCAAUGUUAACGGAGUUUAGUGAAGUAACUCUUCUCCUUUCAAUUAGUUGAUUUUGGUGUGAUAUUUGAAAUGACCAAUGUAAAAGUUUGGGUAAAACUGACACUUUAACUGACUUGUGGUGUUUUCUACACAAAGCAUAAUUGCAAAUGAAAGGGUGAAUAUUUAUUUUAGAAUCUGAAAGGUGUUCAAGAAGAAAAUGCUUGCUUACAAUUACAUGGGUUUUUGUGGGAUUGUUUUGUAGUUUUACUUAUCCACUCUUCUUCCUCCUCCCGUGUGCUUACUAUUCCUUCUCAGAGUGGACACACACUCUGGGACAAGCCAGGAGCCGGACGAAGAGCUGCUGAAAGCCUCGCAACAGAAGGAGGCUUUCUUGUGAGUCGCAUGUUUGCUUGGCAUGUGUUCGGCAAAAUGAACGCCGAUCUCAUUUUACCACACUUAUAUUAUUUACUCACAUACACAGGAAGCCAAAAAAUAAACCUAACCGUGAUUGUUAGAAAACCUCUGGUCUCAUAAAAAAUUUAAAAAUGCAUAUCCACAAUAUUUUAGCUUAAUAUAAUGGUUUCUUUAUAAUGCUAUGUGGAUAAUAAAUUCUGCAAUAAUGCUAGUUCAGUUCCCAUUUUUCAACUAGAGCACUGCCCACUCAGUAUAUGUUCGCUAGUUAAAUUAUUUUUUAGGUGCAUGUUUGGUGAAGUAAAGACCUUCCUUAAUGCUGACACUUGCUUGUUUUUCAUGGAUGCCUUUUCUUUUUCUUAGCUGCCUAGAAUUCCUGCUGGAUAACAAUGCCGAUGCGUCAUUACGUGAUAAACAGGGAUAUGCUGCUGUACAUUAUGCAGCUGCAUAUGGCAACAGACAGAAUCUGGAACUGGUGAGUAAAAUAAAAAAAAGUAACGUAAGUGUGUUUUUUCUUUUUUUUUUUUUUAAAGCAAUCAGUCUUUGUAGUUUUCUUUUAAAGGCUCUUGUGAUAUCACAAAAAGCAUAACCACUAUGGUGUGCCACAGUAGUUAUUUUGCCAGUUACGCCCAGCUCCUGACUUGUAAAUAGUCAGAAUGUUUUAGAACAGAGGAUCUCUGCCUAAGCUGGCCCUGAACUGCAGGACCAGAAGAGGUGGCAAUAACAGAUUACAGGCUCUCGGGAAGUCUGUAAUGAUUGGUGAUGGCAGACCCUUAAGUGCUUGGAUUGUUUAUAAUGCCUACUAACCACAUGUUAUGCUUGUGUGGUGUGUAUCAGUUGGUUCCUACUAGAUUUCAGCACAAAGCUUAUACACGAUAGAAAUAAAUAUCCUGCUUACAUAAAGUAGGUAAUGUAAAAAAAAAUUCAUAUGCUUUGCUUCGAAUAUCAAGCACAUCCUUAACGUGUGUGUGUGUGUGUGUGUGUGUAUAUAUGUAUAUAUAUACAUAAUAUAAAUUUUAUUUUAUUUUAACUUUGCAUUAUAGUUCAACAGAUAUAUCUGUGUCCAUUUAGUACUUUUGACUUCUUUUUCAGCUCCUUGAAAUGUCCUUUAAUUGUUUGGAAGAUGUGGAAAGCACUGUACCAGUUAGCCCUUUGCACUUAGCUGUAAGUAAUAUUAAGCUUGAUUCAUCAUUUAAAUAUAUUGUGGUUACUUGCUUCCUUUAAUUUAGAUUACAUAGCUCCAUGAGAUUUGUUUUAUAUAAUCAGAGUAAUUUAAAUAAAAAUCUAACAGACCUAUUGCCCUGAAUCGAUCGGUCAGAACGCAUCUUUUGACUAUAAAUAUUACGCAUAUCUGCAAAUUACAGGGUCAUUGCCAGUAAACCAUUUUAUUUAAUGGAUAGUUGGCAAGUGUAGUGUUUGUUUUUUUUUCCUGAUUCUAAGGAGUAUAUUUGAAGAUUUUAAUGGAUUUUUUUUUUUUAUGAUGAUACCCCUAUAUGUCCUAGAAUUCAGUGUUUUUUUUCGGUCCAAUUCUAAUUUAUCAACAAUUUUUUGUUGUAUCCGUAAAACACCCAUUUAUUAAAAUGUUGUGUGUCACACCUAAAUAUAAGUGUGUGCAUGAGCUAUAAGUGGCUUUAAUCUGUAGGUCAGCCAUAACUGCUAUGUAUAAGUUUUUGUUUGUUUUAUCACCUUGGAAUAUGUUUAAAUGGUACAUAUUACUUUUCACUCCAAAAGCUUUGCUCUGAAUAGUACUGCACUCUUAUUCUACACAGAUCUUUGGUAUGUAAACAGUGUUAUGACCUUAAAGUGACAAGCUAUAGGCUACAUUAAUGAAAUAAAGUUAGAAUGUAUAUAUGAAUGUGAAAUGCCCACCACUUACUCAAUAUAAACAUUCUGUCUGAGUCAUAGCAAACUUAUUGUGCACUCACCCAUAGCUUACUGCUGUUUCUAUGCUACAUGUUCUGAUAAUGGUUUUUAUUUUGCAGGCCUACAAUGGUCACUGCGAUGCUCUGAAAACUCUGGCGGAGACUCUGGUGAACCUGGAUGUGCGAGACCACAAGGGUCGCACUGCUCUUUAUCUCGCAACAGAGAGGGGAUCUACAGAGUGUGUGGAAGUUCUCACUAGCCACGGGGCAUCUCCUGUCAUAAAGGACCGCAAGAAGAAGUGGACUCCACUACAUGUAGCAGGUUUGCUUACUUGUGGCUAAUGGUUUUAUACUUUUAUUUAUUCAUUUUUCUCGACCUCUGUUAAUUUACAUUUUUUUUUUUUCAGCUGCUUCUGGAAACACAGAUUGCCUACACCUGCUGAUUGACUGCAGCGAGAGGCCGGAUAUUGUAGAUGUUGUGGAUGCUCAUGGGCAGUAAGUUCAAACUAUAAAGAUUAAUAAAGCCAGAAGAGAGACACAUUUUCAAAAAAGUAGAGGUCUUACACUAUAAAACAGAAAAAGAACAUGCAUAAUUACAGACGUGACAAUCUAACAUCACGUAAAUAGACCUAAAUUAGAUAUACCCCUUUAAAUUCAUAGAAAAUAAUGCAGUCCAGCCACACAGAGUCUCUCAAUCUAGUGCUUGGGAGACUCCCAGUGUCUGAACAGACCCUGAAGGGGUCUCCCUUCAUUCCCCAAUGGCAUCAUUUUGAUCAGUGCUGGGCCUGGUCAGUUGCCCAGCACUGAUCUCAAUGCAUUGGGAAUACUAUUUUCAAUGAAAAAAAGAUGGGUAGCUGUCAUACUGAAAACAGUCUAUAGGUUGCACCGUCAUAAUACCACUUAUCUUCGAUUUUCCCUUGGCUAAUAUCCGUACUAUACACAUUAUUGAAAGUUUAUUUGUGUGUUUUUUUUUGUUUUUUUUUUUUUAAUAUUAAAAAUUAGUUAUAUGUAUAUGUCACUUCAAAUUAAAGCCAUUUCUGUCCUUUAACAAAUGAUCUAUAAUACCUAUGGGGGCACUUGAAAAUAAACUCUUUAAUUAUCGUGGAACAAACCUAUAGCUCAUAUUCUAGGUUUUGGUUCAGAAUAUGGACAGUUGCAUUUUGAAGGUGUUUAGAGAAGUGAUUGUGGUUUUUGUUUUUAUUUUAUUUUUGUUUUGUUUUGGGGGGGAUGGGAGGGACAGUUUCACUGAACUCAUAACUCACUCUUUGUUAUAAUGAAUUCUUUCUAGAACCCCUCUAAUGCUUUCAGUGAUGAAUGGGCACGUGGACUGUGCUCACUUGCUGCUUGAGAAAGGGGCCACAGUUGAUGCUGGAGAUAAAAGAGGAAGGACCACACUUCAUAGAGCUGUGAGUAGUUUAACCCCUUAAAGACCAAACUUCUGGAAUAAAAUGGAAUCAUGACAUGUCAUGUGUCCUUAAGGGGUUAAGGCAAUUUUGCCAUUUAUCCUAUAAUUUUGAUAAACUUCCUUGUUUAAAAACUUUCUAUAGUUUUGAUUGCCGAAUGCUACUUUACAUGAUUAUUUACCAAAGUUAGAGUUCAAAGUGAAAUCAAAGAGAAUUUAAAGAGUAGCUGAACUGAAAGCAUUUCCAACUUUGAGGGAAGUAUUCCAGUUCUAAUGGUAUAAAUGAAGCUGCUAUGUAUAUAAACUUGCGCUGCUAAAUUGGCUGCACAAUAAAGAAAAUAAAAAGAUUGAAAAUAACAUUAUUAAAGAGGUAUAUCAAACUAUAAACAAAACAAAUGUCUAUGAGAAAGAAGGUGAAUAAAAUGUUGACUGCAGGUGGCCAUAAGCUGAAUGAAACCAUGCAAAAUUCCAGUUCAAUCGCCAGGGUUAUUAAUCUGUGUAUAUUAAAUGAAACUAUUGAUCAGUAACUUUGGAGUUUGGCUUUUAUUUUAUUUGCAGUCUGUAACUGGCUGUGAGGACUGUGUUGGGGCCCUUUUGGACCACGAUGCCUUUGUGCUCUGUCGAGAUUUUAAGGGACGCACACCUAUUCACUUUGCUUCAGCUUGUGGCCAUGCUACACUGGUGCAUGUGUAUUUGCAGGCUGCGCUUUCUACAGACCCACUGGAUGCAGUGGUGGAUUACAACGGAUACACUCCUAUGCACUGGGCUGCUUACAAUGGUAAGGUUUAUCUAUUCAUUUCUCCACCCCCACUGUAUCGUGUGUGUGUGUGUGUGUGUGUGUGUGACUUGUACAUGACUUGCUCUUUUCCCAUCAUCUCCCAGGGCAUGAAGAUUGUUUGGAAUUGUUACUUGAACACAACCCAUUUGCUUACCUCGAAGGAAAUCCGUUUACUCCUCUUCACUGUGCAGUGUAAGUGUUCUUUCAAGACCAGACUGGAUUGUAAGGCGCUCACUCACGAUUCACUGUGCAAAUUAAAAUAAUUUUUUUUGUUGUUGUUUAUAGUCCUGACUCUUAAAACUGUGUAUUAAAUCUUACAGUAUUAACAACCAAGACGGUACAGCUGAGAUGCUGAUAGAAGCUAUGGGUGUCAAAAUUGUGAAUAGCAGAGAUGCCAAAGGGAGGUUGGUAUAAUAACUUGACAAUAUAUAGAUGUGCUUAAACCUCUAAAAUUCUUACCAAUUUUUUUUUUUUUUUUUUUUUUAAACUCUGGAAAAUCUGUAAAUAAACAAGAUUUGUUCAAACUAGUGAAUAGUUCACAUUCCUUGUUUAUAUAGGAAGUGUUUAAAUAAAAAACAGGGGUGACUCAGAAGCCCAUCCAGCGACUAGUCCACAGCAGAAUGUUCAGUCACUGUUUUAGCAGUGUAUUUCCUAUUGGAGAGGAGGAAGGAAAAACAUGGUAAACUUUUCUUACCAAUAUGUUUCACUUCCAAGCUGUUCCCUUUGAUAGUAAUUCUUGUUUUCUGUAUAGAAGAGUCCUGAGGGCCACUGGUCAAGUGGUGUUCAACGGGGGCUCAGUUCUGUACUUCGUGUUGCAUGCAUAUCUUCACACUUUAACUCUUGCUUCAUUAGUCAAUCUGUUGUCCUAUGGUCUUAAAGUGGACAUCAUUACCCCAAGACACUUUUUAAGAAAAAAAAAGAAAAAAAUCCAAAUGACAUGUUUAUGGGAACAAGUGAUUGAAAAGCUUGUUAAAUGAGAAUUUAAAAGGUGUGCAAAUUUAAACACUAAGGCCUUCCUGUUUAAUCCGCUAUUCAAUGUAGUUUUUUGUUUUUUUAAUUAUUUUGCUCUUGGCUUUUAAGCCAAUAGGGAUGUUAUUGCUAGUAAAAGCUUUAGGACACUCAUGACUCUAUUAAUUGGUAACAGAGGGAAUUAAAACCAGCAUAACGUAAUUGUUUGCCAUUAAAAGCUUGUUCUAUGCAGCAUAUUACAAGUAAUUUUCCUGCUCCGUUCAGGGUUAGUAAUAUCUGACUUUCUCCUACAGGACCCCUCUUCAUGCUGCAGCCUUUGCUGACAAUGUGAACGGUUUACAACUACUCAUGCGUCACCAAGCCGAGGUGGAUGCCACUGACCAGUCUGGUCGGACACCUCUGAUGAUGGCAGCAGAAAAUGGGAAGACUGCAGCAGUCGGUAAAUGCAUUUUCCUGCUCAGUUUGAGUCAAAUGCCGCGUUAGCUUGUGGGCGCAAAGUAAUUUGCCCUUAACUGAUUACCUUUUUGUCCUCCUCAUUUCAGAGUUUCUGCUGUAUCGCAUGAAGGCGGAUUUAACUGUGAUGGACAUAAACAAGAACACUGCUCUUCACCUAGCAUGCAGCAAGGUGCCUGGAUCUGCUUAUUUAAAAAAAAAAAAAAAAAAUCCUAGCUUUUGUUUCCUGUGAAAGUUUACAGUUGGUUUGUUUCCUAUUUUCUCAUGUAGCAAGCCAAAGUGUUCUUUUGAUAGUCACAAGAAACAUGGUUAAUAUCUCCCUGUAAUCUUAUACUAGCUUUUAAGAGUAUGUGUUUGCGUGUGUGUUUUCUAAGUAACCCACGUUUAGCACAUCAGGAAAAAACCUGAGCCUUUUUUUAAUUUAAUUUUUUAUUUGUUUGAUAUUAACCUUUUUUUAAUUCAGUAGUUAGAAUGUUUUUUUUUUUUGUAUGGUUUUUAUUUUUUUGUUUAGCUGUCACUCAAACAUUUAACGGGACGGCAAUGGACUUUCUGAAGGUCUUCUGCCUUUUAUUGUAGUUCCCACACCAUCUCCUAGCAGCAAUAUACAAAGUGUGAGUGACAGUAGUUUCCUAGCAUGUAUUUCCCCUAUUGUAUAAUUUGUGGACUUCGUUUGUUUGUAAAACAUUCACAAGAAUGUGGCGGUCGGGAGUUCUAGGCUCAGUCAUUAUUAGUGUACAUGAACUGCCUCUUGGCAUUUUGGUUUUCUUUUAAUUUUGGGUUUAAAGGGUCACUAUAUACACCAAAACUACUUCAGCCCCUUUGGUGUGUGUAUAUAUAUGAUUGCAGUCUCACUGCUCAAUUCUCUGCUAGGAGUUAAAUCACGUUGUUUAUGCAGCCUUAGACCCACCACCCCCCCUCCCUGCAUGUAACUGUGCACGGCCUUCCUAAACACUCAAUGUAAAGUCAAACCUACGGUUUACACUUCCUUUAUUGCACAGUCUGCUUAAUUUAGAAUUGUAUCUCCUACACUGUUCUUAGCUUCCUAGAUCAUGCAGGAGCCACCUGUGUGAUUAAAGCUCAAUUUACAGAGUCGGAGAUUUAAAAUUGUAAAGUAAAUAACAACUGAUUGAAAAUGAAACCAUUUUUGUCUUCAUGCAGGCUCAGUCACAGCUUGGGAAAGGUGUGGUUAGGGCUACAUAAACAAGAGAUUUAACUAUUUUAUGGCAUAGAAUGGAGCAGUGAUAUUUUCAGAGGCAUGAUAUAUACAUAAAACUUCUUUAAUAAGAUAAAGUAGUUUUGGUACUAAUGUCCCUUUAAGCAUAAAGGUUUUUAUUGUGUGUGUGGUGGGGGGGGGGGAGAGAUGAAUACCUCUUUUCCUAUAUGUCAUAUUUUUAUGUAACCAAUUUUAUUGUGCAAUAUGAAAAUUGUAAUCGAAAGCCGAUGCAAGUUUCAAGGGACAGCAUGUCAGCUUAAAAAUACUUGUUUGGAAUGUGCCUUAAGUUGCUGCUGCCAUGUCUGUAACUCAAAAGUGAAUGGAGCUUGCAUUAAUGUUCUCUUGUUUAGUGAAAUUUAGACAAAAAUUGUUUUUCUUUUAUUGGAAAUGCAGUUACAUCAGCAGUAAGACAUAUUGUUUUGUAACAUGUUUGAGAAGAUUAUAAAAUAUCCAGUCUGUUUAGUUCAUUGUUGAUGUGUUGGCUGUUUUAAAACCUGACUCAUUUAUCAAUUUAUCACUUCAAUUACUACAUGUUCACUGGUUCGUGGAUAACUUUGUUCUUUUUCCUUUCUGGGUACUUUUCAUAGAGAGCAGGGUUUGCUCUGCAUUGGUAUUCCAAAAAUAUGUUGCAAUGCAGCAUGUUAUCAGAUCUGGUUACUACUAGAUUCUGAAGAGAAUACUAAAAAAAAGUUUGGGUUUGCAAAGAUAUCCUAAGCCAACUGUGUGUUGUGUUUUUUUUUUGUUUUUUGUUUUUUUUUUUCCUCCUCCACGGAGUUAUGUUUGAGACACAAAGCCCCUCUUCCCAAACCUCCCCACCCCCCAAAAAUAAAAACCCUAAUGUAUUUUCCCUCAAAUACAUUUUUUAAAUAAGUUAAGAGCAUAUAACCGCAGUCAUACCAGGAAAGGUUAAAGGAUCUUAACAUGUAUAGCUUGGAGGAAAGACGAGACAGGGGGGAUAUGAUAGAAGCAUUUAAAUAUAUAAAGGGAAUCAACACAGUAAAGGAGGAGACUAUAUUUAAAAGAAGAAAAACUACCACAACAAGAGGACAUAGUCUUAAAUUAGAGGGACAAAGGUUUAAAAAUAAUAUCAGGAAGUAUUACUUUACUGAGAGGGUAGUGGAUGCAUGGAAUAGCCUUCCAGCUGAAGUGGUAGAGGUUAACACAGUAAAGGAGUUUAAGCAUGCGUGGGAUAGGCAUAAGGCUAUCCUAACUAUAAGAUAAGACUAGGGACUAAUGAAAGUAUUUAGAAAAUUGGGCAGACUAGAUGGGCCGAAUGGUUCUUAUCUGCCGUCACAUUCUAUGUUUCUAUGUCAUCGUGAGAAAUUAUGCUGAGUUACAAUAAUCAACAUUCCAGAGAUUAUUAAAAAGUUAGAAUACAAACACAAGUAAAAUAAUUCAAAGAAAAAUGUACAAGCUUUAUGCAGUUGAUCACCCUUUAAUCCAGCCAUCCUCCCAUCCCAGCUCACACUCACCCUCUCCGCAGACAAGAAUGGGAAUUAUACUACAGCAAACAUGUCAAACUCAGUCUGGCACGGGCCACAUAAACAAGGUUUAAGUUUAUGUGGGCUGCAAAAAAAAAAAAAAACGCACCCCCUCUACCACACUGUGCCAAAUCUGAUCCCCUCGCUGACUGUCACACUCUCGCUAAUUCAUACUUUUCUUUAUUGUUCCCUACCUUUUUGAGCCGAUGUGGGGCAUCUCCCUGGGGUCCUUCUAUCUGCUCCUCACUGCUCCCUCACUCGUUUAGUAUUGCCGGGUGCCGGAAUAUGAAGUCAUAUUCCGGCGCAGGCUUCACUACAGACUGUGCGAGGGAGCAGGAACGCUGAGCUUUCUCGCUGGCCCUCCUCCCCGGCCAGGUACGUUUUAGCAGAGUAGGCACCUGCAAUGUGGGGAAAGCAGGUGCCUACUGUGCUAUAACACCAGCAUGUACUCGCGGCUCGCCGGGCCGCAAAGAUGGUCCUUGUGAGUGCUUGUACUAGAGGUAUAGAGACCUGGAGAAGUGAUAUCUUCAUGUGAGAUUUCUGUAAUCAGGGAAAUGAAUUGGCCACCCAGUAUCAAGAAGCAACCGGUUUGGAAUAAUAUCAAACUUUGAGCAGAACUUAAGUGUACCGACCAACCAUCACUUCAGCCAAAAAUAAAGUGUACUCAAAUGUUGCCUUUAUUUUAAAAUGAAAGUGGUGUCUAGGGUAGGAAUGUAACAUUUCCAUGAAUUGAGGAUUUAAAUUUUUGGGGGCUAAAAUUUCCUUGUUGGUUAGUGUAUAGCCAAACCAUUUUAAAUGGAAAACUGAGUUUGGCUAAGAAUAACUGUAAGGGUCGUGUACCUGGCUGGGUCUAGACCUGAAAAAUAGUUUUACAGGUAAUGAUAAUGGAGAAUCUUUUAUUAGAUACGGGGAUAUUGGUGAGGGUCCCUAACAGUAGAAAUCCUGGGUGGCAUAUUAUUGCUUAAGUAUGUCUCAACUUCUUUCCUGAAAUCCUGAAUCAAGGGGCACUCUCAGUGAUAGAGAUCUGCCUUGGUGUGGGUGCAUUUAAAACUGGUUGAUGUCUGUUUGUCUUAAACAUCAAGUGAAGUCGGCGAGAGGGUAAAAUAGGUGUAGUGUGAGGUUCUUAAGAACAUAUCGUGAUAAGAGACCAUGUGGAGUAGUUUGCUUUGGGUGUAAUGUGUAGUUAGGAUGUCCUCUGGUGUGACAUCAGGAACGUGUCUUCAAUUUCCCCAGAACUGUUUUGUAGUUUUUCAGGCUAAUUGGCCCAAAUUAUAUACAUGUAGUGGAACCAAGACCUAUUCAGAAUGAGUCGUUGUUACUCCUGAGAAGACAAUGAGUGGGCCGAAGAUGUUCUCCAGUCUGAGAGAACAUUGUGAAGAAAGGUGGUGGCCUUACAUAUUGAAGAGGUUAGCUAGAUAAUGAACGCCAAAGUUAAGCUCUUUCGGCCUACUUCAGUCAUUGAAUUCUGAUCAGCAGUGCUCUGGGUGUUGAGCAUACCCAUGCUAAUGGCUGUAUUUCCUUAUCUUUAUUUAAGAGAUAAGACAUUCAUAUAGAAAAGAUCCUCAUCUUAUGAGUGGUGUUUUUGUUUUUUUAUAACAAAAAACCUUAAGUUAUAGUUUGACAGAAUAACGAAACGAUCACUAUAAGAAGUUGAAGCCAAAAUUGGCGUUCCAAUGAGAUUUUGUGCAUUUUUCUCACACAAACAAAUAUUAAGUCUAACUUUGGCCAGUGUUUGUGACUUAGUGGCUACUAAAGAUUGGAUAUAUACCCCAUUUGCAAUACCUUGGGUUGUCUACUUUUGUAAAUGUUAUACCAUCGUGGGGAUAAUUCUCAUUCCUGGGCUACCAUUCGGUCUCAAAGGGAACGUAACCUAUCUGGCGAAUUUCAAUGUGGAAAAAAAUGAAAAAUAUAACAUGCUGUAUUUGACCCUGUAAUUUCCCAAAACACAAUAAAACAUAUAUACAUAGGGGCAGGGCUCGAGUCCUGCAGGAAUGCGUGGGAACAUUCCCACUGUUCCUGCAGGCACUCAGGGGGCAGCAAAAAAUGCCACCCUGAAAUGCCCCCCCGCGUCCCACCUGUCAUGAGGGGGGCGCAGGAGGUGGCCCGAUGGACCCCACCGGCGGGUGCCUGUCUCUCUGUCAGACGCAGCGAGGGAGCUGUGUUCUCUGCUCCCUCUCGCCGCGCGCCGUUUGCUGAUGCUGGGAGCCGGAAUAUGACUUCAUAUUCCAGCUCCCAGCAUCAGUAGACAGCCCGUGCGGCAAGAGGGAGCAGAGAACACAGAUCCCUCGCCGCAUCUGACAGUGAGACAGGCCACCUCUCCACUGGACCCCAGGGACGGGUCCACAUCAGCUCUCCAGGUAGGGAGGCUGGGUGGACAUUUUUAUUUUUUUAAAUUUAAAAAAAAGAUAAUUUUGUGUGUGUAUGUAUAUUAUUUGGUUGGUGGGGGCAAUCUUUGGUGUACCUGGCUGGGUCUAGGCCUAAAAAACUGUUUUACAACCCACUGUCCCAAUGAUAAUGGAGAAUAUUUUAUUAGAUACGGGGAUAUUGGUGAGGGUCCCUAACAGUAGAAAUCCUGGGUGGCAUGCACUUUAUUCUCCAGGACUGGGGGGUACUGUUUUGCAUGUGAGACAUCUCUGAAUACAAAUGUGUAUUUUAUUGCAGUAAAAGCAAACAGUAUUAUGACAUUCACAGUUAAAAUGUCAUGUCAAACUAAAAAAAUUUAAAAUUUAUUUUCUCCCAUUUUUUUAUAUUCAUUUUAAAUUGUUUCAUACCUAGAUAUUUGAUGUUAAAUGAAAGCCCUGAUCCCCCUGAAUAAAAUGAUAUACAAGUGUGGGUGCCCCUUAUUUGAAAGAGGUAAAUUACGGUUGAACAGACCAUAUAGUCAAAUUCCUGGUUUUGUUUUGAUCAAAAGUGUACAUUUGGCUCGGUCUUAAGGGGUUAACAUUGGAUAUGUUUGGAAAUUCUUGCGCAGUACCCAUCUUGCACAUAAAACCACAUUUUAUAGUGUCACCUGAUGUCUUGCAUCCCCACAGUUCAUUGCUUGCAUGGUCCACUGCUAGCCAGUAUGGGAGAUCAUAACCUUUAGGAAGACCCUGGCUAAAUAUUUGAUUUAAUUAUUUUGGCACUACAAAAUCUACCUUAUCCUACUUUAAGCACUGUCCAACCGGUGCAAUGCACUUGCUUUUCUUUCUACACAACUAUUCCUGUAGAUUUUGUGUAAAGUCUCUGCAAUAUAGUUUUGUUGUGCUUAUUAUAUAGGCCUCCAAGAUCACCCAUUUAACACUCCCACCCCUUGAAUAUGUUUCAUGUUUUGAUGGCUGCAAUGUAAAAAGGGCUCAUCCGUGUCUGUGUAUAUUCAAAUUAAGUGUAAAAAGAUUAGCAACAUUUCAGGUUAUGUAUGUAUGCAUGUCCAUAAUGUAUAAAUUAUUUCAUUUUAACUAUUGUGAUCUGUUUUGUUCUUAAUUCUGUCAUUUAGCAGUUAAAUUACUUUGUUUAUGCAACACCACAUAGCCUUCAUAGAACUUUCAUAAGAGUUGGGUAGUUUUUUUUUUUUUUUUUAUUGAAUUAUUUUAACUUCUAUUAUUACGUGUUUAAUUUUGAAUUUAUCUUGUGCUUUUAAUAGCCUGUAUCAGCCUCCUUCUGUGUGUGACUAAAGUUCAGUUAGCUGAGCUGGAGAUUAGAAUUUGUAUAGCGCAAACACUGUGCUGUAAGACUUCACUGGAAAUUAAACCAUUUAUUUCAUGAAUGCUCUGAGUCAGUCGAGUUGUGCCUAGGUUUGCAUGAAUGGAAACUUACUUUACUGCCUCAGUUGCAGAGAAUUGAGCAGUGAGACUGCAGAUUCGUAUUUAUUUUUUUAAUUUUGAGUGUCCCUUUAACGCACUCAAAGGGUGUUGCUAUAGAAGGCUAGACUGAUGUUAAUCCUCUAACAAUGGCAGAUAUUACAAGGUUAUAUUCCAAUGUUAUACGUUUUUAUGCUAUUUUUUUGUCUUGUAAUAAAACUAUUACACCUUUAGAGUUUAUCUGGUUAAGUGUAUUUUAUUCUAUUUAAUACAAAUAUAAUAUGAACAAGUGUUUUUUUUCUUUUUUGUUUUUUUUCCUCCUCCUUUCUUUCUAGGGACAUGAGAAGUGUGCCUUGUUGCUUCUAGGGGAGACCAGAGACCUUGGCCUUAUCAAUGCAACCAACAGCAUGCUGCAGAUGUAAGUAAAAAUGAUGGACCAUCUGUUUUGUCCUUGAAGGCAUCCAAUGAAACAAGAGUAAUGCUUCUGAAAGCCAGUCAAACAUUAAUCUUGUGUAUAGUGUUCUAAAACUGUAGAAAUUAGAUUUUCCUGGUGAUCAGCUCCACCUUUAUAUCUUUUUGCCCCACAUUUAUAGAUAACCCUCUUAAAGGGAUACUAUAGGUACCAAAACCACUUUAGCUUAAUUAAGCAGUUUUGGUGCAUACAUCAUGCCCCUGCAGUCUUACUGCUCAAUUCCCUGCUAUUUAGGAGUUAAAUCACUUUGUUAAUCCAGUCCUAACCAUAUACCCCAUGGCUGUGCCUGACACCGCUUCCAUGCAAAAAAAGGUUUCAGAUCAUGCUAUUUUUACCUGCAGAUCUGUUAAUAGAACUUUAAUCCGCACAUGAGGCUCCUGCAGGCUAUUAACAGCAGGGUGUAAGAAAUUCUAAAUUAAGCAGAAUGUUCAAUAAAGGAAUUCUAGAAAUUAGAACGUUCUAUACAGGAAGCGUUUUGGAAGGCUGUGCAGGUCACAAGCAGGGGCUGCAUAAACAAGAUGAUUUAACUUGUAGGUGGUAGAGAAAUUAGCUGUUUGGCUGCAGGGGCAUGAUCUAUACAGCAACACUGCUUCAUUAAGCUAAGGUGGUUUUGGUGCCUAUAAUAUCCAUCUAAAUGUCUAUAGUAACCAGAUUUGUAUAAACUGGUAAAGGACAUUUGACUUUGAAAACAAGUUAUCUUGACAUGUUUCUAAAAACAAUAAAUAUCUAUAGAUUUGGCUUCUGCAGGGAAUACAGAUAUACCCAUUAAAAAAAAAUUAUAUAUUUUUUUUGAUUGUGUAGUCCUAUGCAUUGUCUGUUACUCUUGGAGGAACAUUUUUGGAAAGAGUGCACGUGUGACGAUUUGUCUGAAUGGUAGGUCAAAUGCUUUUCACAAAGAAUCAUUAUUUUUCAUAGAUUAGCAUUGGAUUGCUAAUGACUUAGAGCAAAGGUAAGUUAUAUGGCCUGGGAUGUAAAGGAGAGAGAAUUGGGCUGUGUGCACAGAUAAGUAAAGUAGUUUUAUAUUCAGGUUCUUUAUUAACCGCAUAAAGCUAAUAUAGGCUCUUCUAUCUGCUUUCAAAUGCUUUGUGCGCUGAUACCCGACUCACAGGACAAAGGCUUAUGCCUACACUUAGAAACACGGUAUUUUUCUCCUGAUGGAGUUUGUCUGAUUGCAGGGAUAGGAUGAAGUGGUUUUGGUGUUUAGAAUGAUUAAGAUGUCUAUUCCGUCUUUCAAUUGUGAAACUCUCUGUGCACUUGUAAUUUAAUGAAAUUUUUGUAAUUGCUGUAUUGUAUAGUGGUUGUUUAAACUGUUAUCUAAACGCAUUCACAUUUUUAUAAUUGGCCUUUUUCUUCUCUCCCUACCACCCCCAUAGGCCGCUCCACAUUGCUGCCCGUAAUGGGCUAGCAUCAGUUGUUCAAGCUUUGCUUACACGAGGAGCAACUGUGUUGGCUGUGGAUGAAGAAGGUGAGAUUAGGGUUCACCAUGCUUAGUAAGAAUUUUUUUGGGCGGGGGUUCAUGUGAAGAUCUUGCAUUUAAUACUUAUGUAACUCCUGCAUAUUCCCUCGUAGACAACAGGAAUGCUUUCCUGUAAUGUUAUGAACUAUAGAGGUACUUGCUAGACCAUUGCUCUGUUCUAUAUACUUUUAGACCUGCCAUAAUACAUGUUUGUGUUUUUUGUUUAACUUUUGUACUUCACCGGUCUCUAAUAUAAUGGUGAUUUUAAAAAAACACUUGUUAAAGCAACUUUUACCUUCUGGUGUGUCUGCCUAUUUUGAAACGAUUAACCCCUGAUGUUAUACACAAGAGAUGAUUAAUAUUCCGGUUCUUUAAUGCAGAGUUCACUUUCCACCUCCACAGUGGUGGAUGUAAAAUAUAGUGUAUAGUCUGCAAGUCCCUUUAUGUUGUAACCAAUGUUGGCUUAUGUUUUAUAUCCACAGUUCAUUGUGGGCAAAAAGUGUACCACUCCGUCAGAGCAGCUGAAUCGGUACAAGUACCGAUUUGCCCACUUACUGCUCAUCUGGUUUUACUGGACUCUACAGGUGAUACUCGAAAAAUUAGAAUAUCGUGCAAAAGUUCAUUUAUUUCAGUAAUGCAACGUAAAAGGGUAAACUAAUAUAUGAGCGCAAUGCAAGAUAGUUCAAGCCGUGAUUUGUCAUAAGUGCGAUGAUUAUGGCUUACAGCUCAUGAAAACCCCAAAUCCACAAUCUCAGUAAAUUAGAAUAUUACAUUCAAUCAAUAAAACAAGGAGUGUACAUAGAACAAUAUCAGACCUCUGAAAAGUAUAAGCAUGCAUACUGACUCAGUACUUGGUUUGGGCCCAUUUACUGCAUCAAUGCGGCGUGGCAUGGAAGCUGUCAGGCUGUGGCACUGCUGAGGUGUUAUGGAAGGCCAGGAUGCUUCAAUAGCGGCCUUCAGCUCUUCUGCAUUGUUCAGUCUCAUGUCUCUCAUCUUUCUCUUGGCAAUGCCCCAUAGAUUCUCUAUGGGGUUCAGGUCAGGCGAGUUUGCUGGCCAAUCAAGCACAGUAAUCCCACGGUCAUUGAACCAGGCUUUGGUGCUUUUGGCAGUGCUGGAAAAUGAAGUCCGCAUCCCCAUAAAGCUCGUCUGCGGAAGGAAGCCUGAAGUGCUCCAAAAUCUCCUGGUAGACGGCUGCAUUGAUCCUGGACUUAAUGAAGCAGAGUGGCCCAACACCAGCAGAUGACAUGGCUCCCCAAAUCAACACAGACUGUGGAAUCUUCACACUGGACUUCAAGCAUCUUGCAGUGUGUGUGCCUAUCCAUUCUUCCUCCAGACUCUGGGUCCUUGGUUUCCAAAUGAGAUGCAAAGGUUGCUCUCAUCAGAAGAUGACUUUGGUCCACUGAGCAAAAGCUCAGGUCUGUUUUUCUUUAGCCCAGGUAAGACGCUUCUGACGUUUGUUGUUCAUGAGCGGCUUGACAAGAGGAAUACGACAUCCGAUGCCCAUGUCCAGUAUCCUGUGUGUGGUGGCUCUUGAUGCACUGACACCAGCCUCAGUCCACUCCUUGUGAAAGUCCCCAACACUUUUGAAUGGCCUUUUCCUGACAAUCCUCUCCAGUCUGUGGUCAUCCCUGCUGCUUGUGCACCUUUUUCUUCCAUACUUUUCCCUUCCACAUAACUUUCCAUUAAUGUGCUUUGAUACAGCACUUUGGGAACAUCCAACUUCCUUCGCAAUUACCUUUUUGAGGCUUUCCUUCCUUAUGGAGGGUGUCAAUGAUGGUUUUCUGCACAACUGUCAGAUCCGCAGUCUUCCCCAUGAUUGUGAUUCCUACUGAACCAGACUGAGAGACCAUUUAAAGGCUCAGAAACCCUUUGCAGGUGUUAUGGCUUACUUAGCUGAUUAGAGUGAGACCCUGUGAGCCUAGAAUAUUGCCCCUUUUCAGAAUAUUCUAAUUUACUGAGAUUGUGGAUUUGGGGUUUUCAUGAGCUGUAAGCCAUAAUCAUCGCACUUAUGACAAAUCACGGCUUGAACUAUCUUGCUUUGCAUGUAAUGCGUCUAUCUCAUAUAUUAGUUUCCCCUUUUAUGUUGCAUUACUGAAGUAAAUGAACUUUUGCACGAUAUUCUAAUUUUUCGAGUAUCUCCUGUAUAGUGGUCAAGACAAUAUUUUAACCAUUUUGUUUAUAUAUGCAGGAGUUUUUAAAGCAUUUUUGUAUAGGGUUUUAAUAAGUCUGAAUAAAUUGUUUCAUUAUGUAUUCUGCUUUCUGCAUCCUUUCAAGGGACACAAUAUCACACUGAACUGUGGAUAUAAAACAUAAGCCAACAUUGGUUACAACAUAAAGGGACUUGCAGACUAUGCCCUAUAUUUUACAUCCACCACUGUGGAGGUGGAAAGUGAACUCUGCAUUAAAGAACCAGAAUAUUAAUCAUUCCCCUUAUGUAUAACAUCAAGGGUAUUUUUUUCCUUCCUUCCUGAACCUGUCCCUUAUCAGUGGGGUCUUCUUCAACUCACAUGAGCAAUAGUACAACAUUGAAGUCUGUAGAGGUUCUUACAAGACAGUGGGACGUAGGUCAUGCGCUUUUCACCUUAGCGGUCACUAGUGGCUCCUGGGGACUUGACGACAAAGCUUUUUGUCAAGCAUAGGAAAAAUACAGCAUCAUACUUUUCAGAUUUUUCUUUUUUUAAAGCGGAUGUAUAUGGUUGACACUCAUCUUUGAUCUAAUUAAGCGGUGAUUAUGACACCAGUGCUGUAUUGUUAUACUGUUUAAUUUAGAGGCACACUUUUUCUACCUCAGAAGAAACAAAAGGAGUAAGAACGGAACAGGGCCUCAGUCCAUAACGUUGUUCUUCCAUGCAGGAUCUGGGAACUGGGUAACCUAGUUCCCCAAUCUCCUCUGUGGUUCAUUGUGUUGGAACAUGGUAUGCAGUCAAUACAAGCCAUAGGGAGUUCCCAUUGCAUUUAAGAUCUCUGGGUCGGAUACAUUUAAUCUAGCCAUUAGUUUGGUCGACACCCCUCUUCUAAACAGAUAUACCAUGCUUCCGUGCACUACUCUCUUGAAUACAGCAACUUGACUUGCUUUUUAUUUAAAAAAUUUUCCCUCUAAGUUUUUAGGUAGUGUAAACUAAGAAAAUACAAGUUACAACAUGGAUGGAAAGAAAUCCAAAUAUGUAAAGAUGCAUGAUUGAAAGAAUCAUAUUGGUGAUGCAUACAUUCCUUUAAUAUUUUCUUAUAAGUGCAGAAGUUUGCAGGCGGGAAAAAAUGUGUAACCUACUGAAGAGGGGCAUGCAGUAUCUGCUUUCUUUCUAAUGUUGACAUUUGUAAAGUGAUUCCCUAAAGUUGAUUUUUUUCAUAGGUUACCACAGGUAACGUUUCCUUGUCUACAUCUCCCAACAACAUUGGAGAGAGGGAAACAUUACUGGUAAACAGAGACAUUGGAAAGAUGCAAAAAUUGACAUGGUCAAGAAGAAAAAUUAUCUAGCAUAGAUGUAGUUAAUAGGAAUUCCACAUGUCAAUAUAUUUACAUUUUGGUAUAGAUCAUUGGACUGUCUACCGUAUGCCUAUUUAAACAAAAUAACAUGUUAAUAAUGGGCUUUUAAACCACUUUAGAUAGCACUUUGUGAGGUGAAUGUAUGAGCUUUUUGUUUUGAUGUUGCUUUCAAUAUGUAACCUUUAUUUAUUUCGGUUUUCUUUCUUUGUUUUUUCUUUCCCCCCACCCCUUGUUUUGUUGACAGCAGGUCACACCCCAGCCUUGGCCUGUGCUCCGAACAAGGAUGUAGCAGAUUGCUUGGCACUUAUCCUUUCCACCAUGAAGCCUUUCCCACCAAAAGACGCCAUCCUCCCCUUCAGCUUCAACCUUCUGAAGAACUGCGGUAUCGCUGCUAAGACUGCCCUUCCCAAUGGCAGCAGCUGCCCUUAUACAAAGGAUCGGCACAGCUCAAUUGCCAUGGAUGGCUGCUACUCUGAGUAG